GAUAUUUUGGAUGAUGUGAAGGAACCAAAUACAAAUCAUUAAUCUGGACUGCUAUGCUCCCAUAAAAAGAAAAAAAGAGUUAGUGUCCCAUCUUUGCAAUUUAUCAUUGACUAUAUUGAACGUUUAACCCGCUCAGGGACAGCGGUUACAAUGGUGGACAGCUUACCAUGUUAACAGGUUACAGGGUGCAUGAAAGGGUUAAAUGCGAACAGACUAUGACAAACUGUGAUCGCAAAACACCUGAAUAAAACCAUUUCAAACUGACGUUACAACUCGACCCUUAAAAUGCACGGCGUAUACACGCUUGCGCUCUUUAAUAGCCACUCAGCACAGCAAAAACAAACAAGCGGGAAAAACUCUCCGUUAUCUACCCUGGCAAAAGUUACCUCCCUCCCGACAUACAAAGAGCUUAGUCCUCCAGUAAGGAUGUAUCACUUCAAAAUAUGGGUUACAACGCGGCAUUUUUUUUUUCUCGUUAGGUGUCACAAAAACAAAAUAUGAAAAGUUGAAUUUGAGAAUAGCAAGCCACAAGUAGGAGAGGAUUCAGUGUGUCACAUUAAAUUUGGAAUAAAUUCCCCCUGCCCUGGCCCCGAGUUGCAGAAAUUCUGUAAUUAUCUGCUGCUUCGUUGUGUUCUGUCUAAAGGCGGAUUUUCUGUUCUGACUGGUAUGUGGGCUACUGAAUAAACUGUCUGGUUAUUGUUAAGUACUGUUUGUGUCGCACGUGCACAUGUUUAAAGCUGUGACCUCUCCUUACAAAGACCUACAUUGAAUGCCCUUCUGAGUGAUUUUCCUCGGCGCUGGUGCAAAUGCAUACAUUUUAGAGCAGCGGCAUUGAGGAGCUCAAAGUAUUUCUUCUAAUCCGGGAGGAGGGUGUUUAAAGCCAGCGGGAUGGAGGCCGAGGGCCACAGACGGCUUCAAACAGCAGCUUGGCCGUCUGCAGGUUCUCACGCAGCCGUUUGUGAACGUCAGCGAGGGUCAAGCCGAGUAACCAUGAUAUUCCUCAUGGACCUGCAGAUGAUGCUGCUGGAUAUGAUUUACUUCAUCCUACGCAACACCGUGAGGGCCGUGCUGCGGCCGCGCAUCAAGCCCAUCGAUGGCGAGCUGGUGCUGAUCACCGGCUCGGGAGGAGGCCUGGGUCGUCUCUUCGCCCAGGAGUUUACUAAGCGAGGCGCCGAGGUGGUGCUGUGGGACGUGGACGGCGCGGCCAACGAGCGCACGGCCAAGCUGGUGCGCGACUUGGGGGGCAAGGCGCACGCCUACACGUUGGAUGUCACCAAAAGAGAGGAAGUGUAUCGCUACGCCGAUGUGGUGAGGAAAGAUCUGGGCCGCGAUGUCACCAUGCUGGUGAACAACGCCGGUGUGGUGGCUGGCCAACGAGUGCUGGAUUGUCCAGAUGAGCUCAUCGAGAAGACCAUUGGGGUCAACUGUCUCGCACUCUUCUGGACAGUGAAGGCCUUCCUGCCUCAGAUGAAGGCCCAAGAUCACGGCCACAUCGUGACUAUCGCCAGCGUGCUGGGCCUCUUCAGCACAGGCUGUGUCGAGGACUACUGCGCCAGUAAGUUUGCCGCUGUGGGUUUCCAUGAGUCUCUUGCUCACGAGCUGCUGGCUGAGGAAGUGGAGGGCGUGAAGACCACUCUGGUGUGCCCUUACAUCGUGGACACGGGCAUGUUUGAGGGCUGCAAGAUAAGAGAGGAAAUGGAGCUCGUCCUGCCCCCUCUCGAGCCUCAGUACUGCGUGGAGCAGGCCAUGAACGCCAUCCUCAUAGACCAACCCCUAGUGUGCAUUCCACGUCUCACCUACCUGCCUGUCCUGUGCAGAGCGUUACUGCCAUGGGAAUCCAACGUGGUUUCGUAUCGUUUCAUGGGCUCCGACAAGUGCAUGUAUCCCUUCAUUGAGGCCAAGAAGAAACAAAUGUUAAACGGUGUCCACCCGUUUGCAUAAGUUUUCAAUCUUUGAAUGUUAAUAACAGAAUACAUUUCAGACAAAAAGGUCAGCUGCAACAGGAUAACUGGGCUAGUGCCAGGAUUCACUCACAUACUGAAGG